AUGGCACUCGGGAUUCUCGAACCAGCGGUCGAACAUGUUCCUGGGACCGUUUAUGUUUACAAUGCGCAACAGCGACAGACAGCCUUGUUGGAGUCUGCCCAACAUCUGAAGAGAGACAACACCGGGAAAAUUAUCCUAGUGCCACAACCAUCAGCCGAUCCUAACGAUCCUCUGAACUGGCCACUAUGGCACCGUGAUCUCAUCCUCGCUAUCCUCUGCUUCGUUUCCUGUGUUGCUACCACCGCAUCACCCUUAUUGGCGGCAGAUUCGACGACUCUCGCAAUCGUCUUCAAAAGAACAUUCCAAGAUGCGGCACUGCUGACGGCGUAUCACUUGGUCGGUGUUGGAGUGGCAGGUUGGCUUUUUGUCGCAUCUGCCCGAGUCUGGGGCAAGCGACAUUUGUUCCUGUUUGGGGCUUUGCUCAUGGUUGCGAGUUCCGCAUGGGGUGGCUCCACCCACUCGAAUCACAAUUAUGCCAGUCUUCUUUGGAGUCGUAUUUUCCAAGGGGUUGCCCUGGCACCCUUUGAAGCCCUUGUCAACGCUUGUGUUGGUGAUCUCUAUUUUGUGCAUGAACGUGGACUGCGCAUGGCUAUCACAAACACAUGUCUUUUCGGCGGAGCAUUUCUCACACCGGUAUUUGUGGGUAUGAUUGCGGCGAACAUGGGUUGGCAAUGGAGUUUUUACCUUCUCGCGAUUUUCAUGGCCUUGGGAUUCUUACUUGUCUUGUUCUUUGUGCCAGAGACGGCGUAUCGGCGAGACCAUGCCCUCGAACUGGAUCUACUUGCCAACGAUUCUAAUGACGCCAUUCAGACACCAACGGUCUAUGCCGAAGAGGUGUCUGAGGAGAAGACAGCCCAAACGACGACGAUCCCCCAGUCUGCAGUGCCAGCGAAAGCAACCUUUCUCCAGCAAAUGAUGCCUUUCAACGGGCGAAAAACCGAUGAGAACUUCUUCAAACUGCUCUUUCGACCGUUCCCGUUGUUCUUCCAUCCAGCAGUCAUGUGGGCGUGCUUGAUUCAGGGGGUCAUCAUCGGAUGGACAGUCAUGGUGGGUGUUAUCCUAUCACUGAUAUUCUUAGGACCACCUCUAUUUUUCAAUGAGGAAAAGGCAGGGAAGAUGUACACGUCGGCAUUCAUUGGAAGUGUCCUGGGACUCAUUCUCUCGGGAGUAUACAGCGAGGUGGUGACGAACUUCAUGAUCCGCCGGAACAAAGGCAAAUAUGAGCCUGAGUUUCGAAUCCUGCUGGUCCUCCCAACCAUGGUGACGGCAGCAAUCGGGCUUUACGGGUUUGGCAUCACGGCUAACGACGUCAAGCGUUAUGGCUGGAUUGUGCCCGAAGUGUUCCUCGCAUUCAUCAUCAUCAGCAUGGUCAUGGGCGCGAUAGCUUCCGCUCAAUAUCUACUUGAUGCACACCGAGAUAUCGCAGUCGAGGCCUUCACCAACCUCCUGAUCUUCAAGAACAUGUUCUCCUUCAUCCUGGCGUAUAACGCGUACAACUGGGUGUUUAAGAUCCGGAUCCGGCACCUGUUCAUCAUCUUCGGCAGUUUGGAGGUCGCCAUUUGCUUCCUCGCCGUGCCGAUGUAUAUCUACGGAAAGAAAAACCGGGAUUACUUCCAUCGGCAUGACAUAUUGAAGAUGGCCGGCUUGAGAUAG